CUGUGCCAUCGAAAUGUCGACGGAAAACGCGUGGAAAGAGUCCCAUCCUAAGGAUGUUGGCGGCCUGCAGACUGUCCAGGCGGUUGACACCGAGGUCGCUGACUCGGAGUCCAGCAAGCGGCAGAGUCUCUCGGAUUAUUUGACCAUCGUCGCCAGUGGUUUUGCCAUGAUCAGUGAUGGCUACCAGAACAACCUCAUGACAAUGGCCAACGUUCUUCUCAAGGCGGAAUACCCUAAGCAAUACGUCUCUGCUGUUUCCACCCGCGUGUCCAAUGCCUUGCUCGUCGGAGAAAUUAUCGGUCAGAUUGUGAUCGGUCUGACCUGCGACUACAUCGGUCGUAAAGCAGCCAUGGUAUUCACCACUCUAAUGAUCGUGGUCGGCGGUAUCCUGGCCACCGCAUCGCACGGCAUCACCAUCGAGGGCAUGUUCUGGAUGCUGACAGUAUCCCGCGGCAUUAUCGGUUUCGGAACCGGCGGCGAAUACCCCGCCUCAUCCGUCUCCGCCUCCGAAACGGCCAACGACCUAGCCCUAGAGAAGCGCGGCCCCGCCUUCAUCAUGGUGACUAACUUCCCUCUAUCCUUCGGCGGCCCAUUCGCCGUUCUCGUAUUCCUGAUCGUCUUCUCCGCCUGCCACCAAUCCCACUACAGCACCGUCUGGCGCGUCUGCUUCGGCAUCGGAUGCAUCUGGCCUCUGUCCGUCUUUUACUUCCGCUGGCGCAUGCUAAACUCGGCUCUCUACCGCCGCGGCGCUAUCAAAAAACAAGUCCCCUACGGUCUAGUCAUUCGCUAUUACUGGAAGUCACUUAUCGGCACAUGCGGUGCCUGGUUCCUCUACGACUUUGUCACCUUCCCCAACGGCGUCUUCUCCGCAACCAUCAUCUCCUCCGUCGUGAAGGACUCCUCCAUCCUCCGCACCGCCGAAUGGCAACUCCUCCUCGGCGCGAUCUCCCUACCCGGCGUCUUCCUCGGCGCCAUCCUGUGCAACAAACUCGGCCGCAAAAACAUCAUGAUGCUCGGAUUCGGCGGCUAUCUUAUCUUCGGGCUCAUCAUCGGCUGCGCCUACGACAAAAUCACCAAAAUCAUUCCUCUUUUCGUAGUAUUCUACGGCCUCAUGCAGAGUUCGGGGAACUUUGGGCCGGGGAACAUGCUCGGUUUGCUUUCUUCGGAGUUAUAUGCUACGGGUGUGAGAGGGACUUGUUAUGGGUUGUCGGCGGCGGUGGGGAAGGCGGGGGGUGCGAUUGGGACGCAGGCGUUUACUCCCAUUGAGAAUAAUUUGGGGAAGAGGUGGACGUUUAUUAUUGCGGCGAUUUGUGGGAUUGUGGGGAUUUUGGUGACGUAUUUUUUUGUGGAGGAUAUUGAUGGUGGGGAUUUGCGGGUUAGGGAUGAGAGGUUUAGGGAGUUUUUGAGGGCGAAGGGGUGGAAGGGGGAUAUGGGGGAUGGGGAGGGUGAUGAUGUGGUGGCGAUUCCUCGGGAGAAGUAA